AAAAGUACCUGUUGAAAGGGUCCUGGGCAGUCUGGUGUAUGUGUGUUUUCCGGGGGGCCUCUGAACCUCUUCCCUUCAUGCCGCACAAUGUGCUGAAGGGUCAAGCCACCCCCAGAGAAGAGUGCCGGAAGGGCUUCACCCCGCUACAGUAGCGCGCGGUUACAGUAGGUUUGCACGUGCUUGCUGCGGCUCGGCUCAACAUGUGACAGCCGAGGGCAGAUAGCGAUGUGGGGCAGCGCUGACACAAACAAUAACAGCCGGUGGUGACAGCAGGGCACUCGCCCCUGGACUUUGUGUUCUCCUCAUAAGCAUUCGAUUCCAUCUGUAUAAAUAAGGCCCUGAUGCUGCCCAACAAACACACACUCAUACACACGCUCAGAAGCCAGACUGCAGACAUGAAGAUUUUUGUGGUUCUUGUACUGGCAGUAUUUACUGGCUGUCAUGCUGAUGUAGCACAGCCCCAGCUGACACAGUUCAACACUGUGAGGGAGGCGUUCUGGGAUUACGUUGCCAAGGUAACGCACACAGCUCAGGAAACCCUGCAGAUGAUCAGGAACUCCGAAUUGGGACAAGAGGUCAACGCUAGGAUCACAGAGAGUGCGGAUGUGGCCAGCCAAUACGCAGUCACUCUGCGCAGCCAGAUGACCCCCCUGGCACAGGACCUUGUGACCAAGAUCUCCCAGGAGGCCGAGCUGCUGAAGGAGCGUCUGGGGAAGGACCUGAUCACUGUCAGAGACCAGCUGGAGCCCUACAGUGAGGAGCUAAAGAGCAAAAUUCAGCAGCACGUGGAGAAGCUGAGGCAGGAGCUGGCCCCCUACACGGAGUCCCUGGACACUGCCGCCCUGAAGGCCACCCUGCUCCAGAAGAGCGAGGAGCUGAAAGGGAGCCUGGAGCAGAGUGUGCAGGAGCUGCAGUCCCAGCUUGGCCCCUACACCGAGGAGCUGAAGGAGAAAGUGGACCAGCAUCUGCAGGAGUUCAAGAAGAGCGUGGCUCCCCUGGCUGAUAAUGUCCAGACCCAGCUGGCCGAGAGAGCCAAGAUGCUGCAGCAGAGCCUGGCGCCCUACGCUGAAGACCUGAAGGAGAAGCUGGACCCCUACGCCCAGGACCUCAAAGCCCAGCUGACCGCACUCUGGGAAUCUUUCACUAAGAGUGCAUAAAUGUUCCUUAGUUUACAACUGCUUUGCAAGACUUUAUUUAAUUCCUUUCAUGAUAUUUAUAAAAGCAUGAUUUUUAUUAAUGUUCCAUUCAGUACAUUCCAUUCAGUGUAAGGAUACAAAAUGUGUAUGUAUUUGUGCUGUAUUUAAAAGCUGUGGUUGGUGAUGAGUUACUGUGAAUUGUUCAGUGUUAGAUGCAUUUUUGUGUUUUCCUCUAAUUUAUGGCAAUAAAUGCACAAAUGAA